UAAACACAUAAGUGAAAUACACAACAGCUCAAUAUUACAAGGCACUGUUGCAAAAUAAGAAGGUCUACUUGACAACCUAUAUAAGGAAUGACAUCAUUUAGCAUCAUAGUGACGUCAUGCAAGUCAUGGCGUUUAAUCGCAAUAAUUGUAGUGAUAGGCGGUGUCCCCGUACCAGAGAAACAAAUCGAAUCAAAAUGCAGACCAUUUUCUGAGUUUUUACUGGUUAAAAAAGACGGAUCUGUAAGAUGCCAUGCGUGUUCACGAUGUCCAGUGGGAAAGUGCGUUGAAACUCACUGUUCUGGAUACAUCAAUACCAAAUGCAGAACACCAGAGGCAAAUGAAUAUCUCGCUGGUGAUGUGUGUAUGCCAUGUACGGACUGUGGAAAUCGACGAAUAGUUCAGCUUGGGUGUAGCUCAAACUCGGACACAAAAUGUGGAGGCUGUAAAUCAGAGUACUAUUGGGACGAAAUGGUUGAAGAAUGCAUUCCAAUUUUUCAUGAAACUGAAUCGGAUACAACGGCAGCUCAUCCUUCACAUUUGUCCACGCUUAUUUAA